AGUUUCAUUAACCUUCAUUUGUAUUGAUAGUGCAAAGAAUAGUUUAGUUUAUUUUUUUCCCUUUUCUCAGUGUAUAGAAAUUCCUAUUUUUUUUCCCCUUGACACACAAUUGUAAAAAUUAAAAUGUUUCUAUUUUUGUUUUUGUUUUCAUGCCUCCUGUGACACUUAAAUCUUCUGAGGGCUCUGUAAUAAUGUUAUAACGCUGAAUAAGCAAGAACAAAAUCUUGGAAAAUUAUAGAGGAAAACAGUGUUAAAAUUCCUAACACUCUCCUAGUUAGUGGUGUAACUGGAACUGAGAAACUGAGUCACAGAAAUCUCAGAUUGUGGAGUACAAUUCUGGUCAGGCUGUGAUAAACCUUCAGACGCUGUUGAUGUAUGUUCAACAGGUGAAAGACAUCCUGAUAUUUCCUUCCAUGCAGUAGCUCUACCAAAUAUCUACUCUCAAAAUAUUUUAAGAGAUGUAACCCAGACUUACCUUAAUAAGUUGAACAUUUUAGCAAAAUUAAGUGGGGAAGACCCACUAUCCCAUAUCAGCAUAGCUAUAACCCCAGCAAUGGCUUGGUUUGCUACUACGCCUCUGUAGUCAACAUAUGACAGACGUCAGUGCAAUGCUACAAACACUUCCUGUGCCAUAACAAGGCUUCAGUGUGGGAUAGUUUACAACUUCAGCAUGCAGGUCUCAGAUGAAGCAUGUUACAGCACCAAGUAGUACAGAGAAAAGCAGGUAAAGAAAUGUUCACAAAAUUUUUUCCAAGCAAUUGCUUAGAUUGCACCAGCUAUAAAGAGUUCUCUUACCAAGCUCUCUGUUUUUUUUUUUUUUUUUAAUCUCUGUUGAAGUUGUACCACAAGUAUACAUAUAUUAUUAUUAUUAUUUCAGAUAUUUGAAUGAAAGAACGUCUAAUGUAAUAUUUUAUGCUUCCUGUAUCACACAGUGCCAUGUCUCCCAGCUGUAAUAAGAAAUGUCACUGGUCAAUUCGAAAAUGACACUUUGGUAUUAGUAAACUUAUUGAACUGCAUGGCUGUCCAGUGCGUAGUAGAGCUCAUUGGCACGUUUAUGAAUGGCAAUCUUGUGCAGCUGGACUCCUACUGGACAGAGAGGAUCCUACUCGUGGUGUCAUUGCUGGAAGUGAAGCAAUGACUGGAUCACCUUUCAUUCUUAUCUAUGGAUCUACAGUUAAGUUGCUGGGAAGCGAACAACCCGCGCUGCUCGGCUGCAGAACACAGGAGAGAGCGCUCCAAGAAAGUCUGAUCUAAAAAGGUCUCGUGAUGAAAGAAGCAGCAGAUACCCAACAUCAGACCUCAGCCUGGAAGAAAGAACUGUGUGACUGAACUAGAGCAGUAAUCCCAGAGCCACGGUUUUUACACUAUGGAGAAUAUUUCAAACCCCGUGAAGACAAACUCACAAUGCAACUUCAGCAUGUACUUUUAUUACCAAAGUUCUCCCAACCGCUCUGAUUUUAACUGCACACCACCUGCGGACUACUUCUUUUACGCAGAUCUGUAUGUCGUUCUCCCGGUCAUUUACUCAGUGAUAUGUGCAGUAGGAUUAACAGGUAACACCGCAGUUAUCUAUGUCAUACUAAAGGCGCCUAAAAUGAAGACAGUAACUAAUAUGUUUAUUCUAAAUUUGGCAAUAGCUGAUGAUCUCUUUACGUUAGUUUUGCCUAUUAAUAUCGCGGAGCAUCUCUUGCAUUACUGGCCCUUUGGCGAAGUGCUCUGCAAAAUCAUUUUGAGCAUUGACCAUUACAAUAUAUUCUCGAGUAUAUAUUUUCUCACAGUUAUGAGCGUGGAUCGAUACCUGGUGGUUCUGGCCACGGUGCGCUCCAAGCGCAUGCCGUAUCGCACCUACAGGGCAGCCAAAAUAGUCAGCUUGUGCGUUUGGAUGCUGGUGAUUCUCAUCGUGGUGCCAUUUACAGUGUUCGGAGGAGUCUACAUCAGCCCGGACGACACCGAUAGAAAAAGUUGCGUGCUAAGUUUUCCCAGCCCAGAAGGCUUAUGGUUCAAAGCCAGCCGGAUUUAUACUCUCAUUCUAGGCUUUGCCAUUCCCGUGUCCACCAUCUGCAUACUUUACACUAUGAUGCUGUACAAAUUGCGCAACAUGAGGCUCAACACUAACGCCAAGGCGCUGGACAAGGCUAAAAAGAAAGUAACCAUCAUGGUGUUCAUCGUGCUCGCCGUGUGUUUGUUCUGCUGGACUCCAUUCCACCUCAGCACCAUCGUAGCUCUUACUACGGAUCUGGGCACCACGCCGCUCGUCAUCGGCAUUUCUUAUUUCAUCACCAGUUUGAGUUACGCCAACUCCUGCCUGAAUCCUUUUCUCUACGCUUUCUUGGAUGACAGUUUCAGGAAAGCGUUUAAGAAGAUGCUAGAAUGUAAGGCUGGUUAAACGUAGAGCACAUGCUGCAAUUAGGUGUCUUUAAAGACUUCAUAGCCUUGCUGAACAGUAAAAUCACACAGCUCGCCUGAACUGGUAGACUAGAACGUCAUUAAAUGGAUGUGGCAUUGAAUGUCAGUAUUUGUCUCCCUCUUGUGCCUAUUGUGUGAACAUCUCUUUUUUAACUAUGAGCUUUAAUCAUUACGCACUUUGCUAUAGUCAUGUUUAACUAUUAAGAUGACAAAAUAUCUUUGUCUAAACAUUUUUUUAAGUGCACACGUGUACGUGUCUAUACUGAACUGAACCUCAACAUUAUUUGUAACCUAUUAUCAUUAUAAUUAAUUGUAAAAUAUAAAUGCAAUGAUAUGGUGCCCAACUGGAAUUCACGCUGAAAGACAGUUUUCUAAUAGUGUCAAAGGUAUAUAUUCCAUACAGGGUGGCAUAUAGUACAUGUUGCUCAACCUUAAUGUUAUACAAAGGAACACAUUGGUUUCGUUUGCUUUGCCGGCAGUUGUGUAGGUCAGUAAUAGAAAAAAAUAUACAUAUUUUGGUUUUUGUCUUUAUUAAAAAGCCACCAUAUAAAUUAGCUCUUUCAUUUUUUUUAUGCAUAUGUUAUGUAU